GUGAACAGCAAGGACUCCCAGGUGACCCACUGGUGCUGCGGAGUGAUAAUGAAAAGGGCGGGUACUUUGGAGGAACUCGUCCACGCCGCUGCUUCCCCCCCRGCAAUUAUUCAUUCAUCGGAGGUUUUGUGAAGCACGCUCGAUGUUUGCUCAGUCAGCCAGCUGAGCAUGUUGAUUCUCUGAACUCGGAGAUGAGAGGGGCGCCCACGUCUACAGGGGGCUCUGGGAACAUCACCGUUUGGGAGGCCUACAUUGACUUCGCCCUUGUGGUGACAAACAGUUUUGUUCUGCUAAUCACCUCCGCUGUGGGAACAGCGGCGAACAUCUUCGUGAUCCUGGCGGUGUGYCGCCAGAAGUCGCUGCAAACGUCCGUCAACGCGCUGGUGGUGAACCUCGCUGUCGUGGACCUUCUGCGCUGCACCSUCGACUGYCCGGUUCUGCUGCACGUCAUCGUGACCCUGCACCGCGGAGGGCAUGUGGACCGUCUGAUCUGUGACGCGCAAACGGCCUCCUUCUCCUUCAGCUGCUGCAUCCAGCUGUCGACGCUGGGCUGCAUAAGCGCGGAGAGGUACCAGGCGAUUGCGAAUCCCUUCAAAACAACUCAGCGAAAACGACGGAUGAUGGCACUGAUUCCUCUUACGUGGCUCCUGGGAGUUUCACUGGCUGCCGUUUGUCAGGUGUUCUUGAAAGACUCACCUGUGUACGUAAGAUGUAAAGAGGGCCAAAGAGGAACGUCCUCGACCUACGACACCGUUGGUCUCUACGUGCUGCUCCCUCUCUGGGUGUCCUGUUUCGGGGUGAUCACUGGUUUCUACGCUCGCAUUUUUGCUCUACUGAGAUCACACAAUCGCAAGAUAUUUGACGAAGGCACUUUGGUUCCUUCAAAAGUCUCAAAGGAAGACAAGCACACCCCUGCAGUGGAAAAUGGGCAAGACAAAUGUGAGAACAAGCAGAUCCUGAGUACAAGCGUUGUUGAACCAAGUAGAGUUGGUAAAAAUUCCCUCCUGACCUSUGAGGUCGCCCCACAAAGCGCCUCCAUUAGUCCUGAGAGAAAAAACGGGUUUAAAAUUACAGUAGAGAUGAGUCACUUGGAGAAGGAGCAACUCCACCCUCUUGCAGCGCCAGRCGCACUGCAGACUGUGGAGAAAACGUUAAAAACGGAGCAAAGCAGAGCUGACAAAACAGAAGCAACAGCCUCAAAUCAGGAUAYGCCUGCUCACAGAGAGACGCAGGAGAAGUCAAGAARCCUUAACCGAGAKAAUCAGACCGGAGAAAGCCCGAAACCUGAAAGUCCAGUCAAAGAGAACAGCCUCCUUAUUGUACCAUCUACUCAAUUAGAGCUCCCUAAAUCUACCUCUGUCUUAUUGACUGGCCCGAAACAAGAAAACAGCACCGGAGGAGAAACACAGGCAGCGCCUACGCUAGAUCAAGAGCCUCCACUGCCUCCUGUCCAAAGUAAUGAAGCCGUAAACCARGAGGUCCAGUUGGAGGGGGCUGUCUGCGUCAUGCCUUCGAAGGCCAGCAAGGAGAGAGUGARGAAACGAAAGGAAACUAAAAUGGCCAAACGCGCCGGGUACAUCAUCAUAACCUUCCUUUUGUUCUGGCUGCCGCUGAUCACGACCAUCUUGGUGAAUUUUCUUGUCCACAAAAACAGAGAAAUGCAGACGCCAGUCAUUCAAGACAUGGAGAUYCUGUCGGUGUCCGUCUCCUGCAUCACGUCCCUGAGCGACCCGAUAAUAUACGCUGCAGUGAACCCGCAGUUUCGCUCAGAGUUUCACAAGCUAAGAAGCUGGGUUAAAUCCAGAUUCUAUAGGAAGUGAGAGCAUCUCUGACUUUUACACUCUGAUAAAACUGGAUGCACACAUUUGGAUUUAUGGCGCCUUUAAAAGCGUGAUUUAGUUCACAUAUGGUCAAUUUACAGCAAAAAACACCAAAGUGUUUCAUGAGGACGUUGGCUGAUUGGCUAAACUGUGGAGUGAAAGAAGACWUUAGAUCAUAAAUGUGAUUUAUUUGCUAAUUUUGGGAUGAAAAUACAAACGUGUGGACUAUAAUUACUGUUCAGGAGAUUAUGAAAGCUGCAUUGGAUUGUA